ACAGAUUGUUAAUUAGGAGUGUGAUGCGUCACUCCUCCUGUUAAUCUGCGAGCGAUAACGUCGCCUUCUGUUAUAAAAAGGAGCCGGCAGCCAUGCAAGGAAUCAAAAAAUCACCCAAAGAGGAGUUUGCUUUACUUCCAAGUUUAGUAGCGUUUACUUAAAAAAAAUCAAAGAUGUGGAAGAUCGUUUUUGCCAUUUUUGCGGCUGUUGUCGCCGUGGGGCAGUGCAUACCCGGAGGGUUCAAUGACGUCGAUAUCAACGACCCGAACUUCAACAAUGCGCUGAACUUCGCCGUUGCCUUGCACAACAACGGCAUCACGGACCCGUACCUCCACCAGGUGGUUUUCAUCAUCUCCGCCAAGGUUCAGGUGGUUGCAGGUUUUAACUACAUAAUUGUUGUGCAGUUGGGACGGACAAACUGCGAAAAGGGCAGACCAAAUAAUGGAUGUACUGUCUUCUCUGACCCAGCUCAAGCCCAGAUUUACCAGUGCACGUUCACCGUGUUCAGUCCUCUGAAUUCCAACGGUUUCCAGCUGCUUGGAAAGAAAUGCUAUAGCAGGCAGAGAGCUUCAGAGUUUAAAGUCUUACGUUUUUACUAUUUCACUUCUAAAGCGAAGAUGUGGAAAGCCGUUUUCCCUUUGCUCGCCGCUUUUUUCGUCGGGUUGUCUUGUAUGCCUGGGGGGGUAAAGAAGAUAGAAGAUGCAGAUAACGACGAGGGGUUCCAGAGAGCGCUGCAGUUUGCCGUCGCCAAACACAACAACAUGACCAAUGACAUGCACAUCCGGCAGGUCACUAAGGUGCUGUCGGCUGAGAGUCAGGUGGUGGAAGGGCUCAAGUACAUCAUGACUGUGAUGUUGGAAAGAACCAACUGUGAAAAAAGGGGACCAGCGGAAAACUGCACCGUCCACAGUGAGCUAGAGCAAGCUAAGCCCUACAAGUGCACAUUCAGCGUAUGGAGUCGCCCAUGGCUCAACGAUACCCAGCUGACCGAAAUUCGGUGCUCAAGUUCUGCACCUCCACCUCCUUUAGGGUUCAAGCCUGUUCCCGUGCCUAUUGAAGAUUGAAGAUCUGCAGCGUUGCCAUCUUUGAAUCUUAUCAAGGUCACUUCAGUAAAUGCACCGUAACAGCUUUAAAACAUACACUAUUUUCCAGAAACCUCCACCUUAAAACAGCUUUGUGCGCAACAAAGAAACAAAUCCUACUUAAACGAAGUUUUCAGUUGCAUAAACAAUGUACACUUUUGAAAAAAAUAAAGCAAUAUUUAAACUUC